UUUCGGAUUCUUUCCUCAGGUUCCCACGCGCCACCGCGAAACAGCAAAAUCCAAAAUUCGGCGAAGAUAUGCAAGGAGGAGGAGGAGUGUGGAGCCAACUAUGGAGGAAAUACGCUGAUUAUAACUACAACAAGUUCGAGAGAUUUGCUGUAUGGGAAAUGAUCGAACCUUACCGCCGGCCAAAAACCUUCACGGCUUUGAUUACUAUCUAUGUCGCCGCCUUUUACACCGGCGUCAUCGGCGCUGCAGUUACAGAGCAGCUCUACAAGGAGAAGUUUUGGGAAGAGCACCCUGGGAAAACGGUGCCUCUGAUGAAGCCAGUAUUCUAUCGAGGACCAUGGAGAGUUUAUCGCGGUGAGGCUAUUGCUUCAGAUGCUAGCAGCCAGUGAAGGUAACAUCAGAGACUAUGGUCAAAGGAUAUAUCUCCGCUAUGUCAAUGUGCAUGUAUCCUACUUUGAGUUGUUUAAAUGUUCUUAGGUCUAUUGAAGAAUAGACUCUGUUAAAGAAUUGGUUUUUCCUACUUGUAAUGAACAGUCUCAUUAUAGUAUUAAUGAUUUGAUAAGAGAAGUUUAAGGGUAUUCAUCCAUUCCUUUGA